AUUGCAUUCGCGCGCAGCGUACGCAGCGAGGAAGCCCCUUUUCUUCACAAUAUUCAGAGACGCCACGAAGUAAACGGAGCCGACUGACUGAUGCCACACAGCCUCAACUACACAUAUCUCAACACCAAUCUUUCCCAUCGCAAACCCCUUUCCGAGAACCUACGUAGUAGCUAUACCAGUCACCCCACCCAAAAAAUGAACUUCACAACCCACCUCCUAACCACCAACCAACCCCUCUACCUCUCCUCCACAACCUCCGCCUUCCUCGCCGCCGCCGCGCGAGGGCAAGUCCCAAAGUCCAUCCUCGGCCGCUGGCUCGCAAACGACAGGCUCUACAUCCACGCCUACAUCAAAGGCGCAGGCCGGCUCCUCGCGCUGCUGGACCUUCCAGACAUCGUUGCCACUGCUACUCCCGAAGCAGGAGGUCAAGAGGAUGCCUCCGAGCUUGACGCUGGCUCUGCCACGGUGACGGAGAGACUCCUAUCAUGGCUAAUCGAAGCCCUCGUCAACGUCCGCCGCGAAGAGAAGUUCUUCGUCGACGUUGCUUCGCGCUUCGGUGUUGAUGUCAACUUACCCGCUGCGCACACGUCCGAGAGUAGUGGUGCUGAUAGUGACCGGCGGGUGAGCAGCGAAGACAAGAACGCAGGCCUACGCGCCUUUGAAAGACUCUUCAGCGCCAUCGACAUCACAUCUCCUCCAAGUGCACUUCUCCCCUGGCUCGCACCAGCCGUCCUCUUCUGGGCCACAGAGAAAUGCUAUCUCGAAGCUUGGUCCGGCGCAAAGGGUAUGAUUCCUUCGUCUGCCCCUGCGACUUCUACCUCUGCGGCUUCUACCUCUGCUACGUCUGCCUCUGGCACCUCUAGCACUAAUGCGACUACGUCUGGCAAAGACACAGACACAGACCUAGACGGCGGCGCCCUAAGAACGGAAUUCAUACCCAACUGGUCCAGCCCCGAAUUCAGAGCCUUUGUAGACCAGCUCGCCGCCAUCAUCGACGACGGCGUAGACGAAGCCGUCCAGCUGCACGGCGAGGCAGCAAUCAAACCCGAACUGGAGCGGGCUUCGGCGAUGUGGAGAGAGGUCUUGUUAGCGGAGAACGACUUUUGGCCUGGGGAGAUGGAGGAGGGUGGUUUGCGAAGUGUUCCCUCUGCUUAAAGCUCACGCUCAUCACACGCUCAACUUCAUCAGACCCUCACUUUCAACU